AUGGUUUUUCCAGCUCUUGACAUUUUGUACUGUCGGAGCAGCUUCUCACACCCGUGCACCACCAUACUCAGUGCGUUUGAUAUACCCCAGCAAAUGAGAACCCACCAUCUUUCACUGUUUAUGUCUCGUCCAGUUUCUGCUGCAGUUGCGCUUGGGGCAGCUGCAACUUGCAUAUUCAAAACGCCCACCAUCCACAAUGAUCUGAAACGAAGAUUUUACGAGGACGAAGCGUCUGUUAACCCAGUGCCAGGAACCACUAUUCCCAGCACAGAAACACAACAAGAAAUCUUGGGUCCUCGCUCAGUAAUCAACGGCGUGACAGUCAGAUCCAUUUCCUCUUUUGAGUCGGCGUUCCGCAGUUUGCGGGAGACUGUGACACGUGCUGUGACGGCCACGCAAGACUACUUGGACGAAGGAAAAGUGAAAAUGUAUCAAGCUGAACGAGACGUGACAGGCACCGUUAGUGCAUUGCACGACAGAAGAGAAGACCUUCUACCAAACUCGAUCUACAUUGUGAUUGCAUCUCUUUCGGGAAACAUCAUGGCGCGUCAACGAGGUGUUUUGGCCAAGGUUUUCUUCCCAGUAGGUUUGGGUUUGGCAUCGUUCAAGUACUUUUUGCCUCAGACCUUCAGCAACACUAUGGGCUUCCUCUGGAAGGUGGAGCAGCGGUCCAUGCCCGCACUUGCCACCACGCAAGUUGCUGCGUUGGAAAAGACCGAGCGUCUUGUCAACCAAGUAGAGCAAACUGCAGUGAGUGGCCAGGAGAAAGUUUCAGGCAGCAUGGAAUCUUUACGCAAGAAGAUCAUCACUGCCACGGGGUUGAAUUUAGACGAGGAGGUGUCGAAGAAGUAG